AUGGCCGAAGAAGGUCAACGUCUGAUCAAUCUUGUUCAAGAAACCGGCUUUAGGACAGCACCACGAGCAUUAGCAGAAGCUAAUUUAAAUUGCUCUGUAUUUACCCGAGUUUUUCGUCAAUCUGAGGUAGCAAAUUAUUUAAAUGACGAAGAGAAAUUCCCAGCCGACAGUCAUAUAUUGGGAGAUGCAGCAUAUGAAAUUCACCAACAUUUAUUGACUCCCUUUAGAGACAACGGACACCUAACAACGGUACAGAAGAAUUAUAAUUAUCGUCAGUCAGUAGCCAGAGUGACAGUCGAAAGAUGUAUCGGUCUUUUAAAAGGACGUAUGAGAAGUUUAUUACAUUGUCUGCCUAUGACAAGAGUGGACUUAAUGGCGGAAUAUGUGGUAGCGUGUUGUGUGAUCUACAAUAUCUGCACGUUAAGUGAAAUUGAAGUCAUUACUGUCCCAACUCCACCAGAACGUGCCAGAAAUAUUUUGCAAGAAAGACAAAAUGGCAGAAUUGCCAAAAGAAAUUUAAUUAUGAACACAUUAAGAGUAUAA